AGCCCUUCUAGCCUCACGACUAUCAUAACACCGAGACCAAUAAUAGGGCAGCAACACGGGCAGCUGCCUCCAGAUUUCAUAGUAAGCUAUUAUUGAGAAUCAUGCUCUGGCUGUGAUAGCCAAAGAUUUGCUUUUAACUAUCGGUCGGCCCAACCCGCGGCGCCCUGGUCAGGCCGUCCUGAUAAGAGCUUAAAGCUGGCUCUUACUACUUUAGUAUCGAGCUUCCCCUCGUCUGGCUCUACUCAUUUUCAUAUCUCCUAGACAGGCAGGGCUACUCUCUUUCCUAAUUUUCCUCCAGACUGUUCAUAGGUUUUGUCACUCAAAGUAUUAAUCGCUAUCACCUACACAAUGUCUGCUGUGAUCUUGUCCGCACGAUAUGGCAAGGACAAUGUCCGCGUGUACAAGGUCGAGAAAGACCAGAGUACUGGCGUCCAAACGGUCAUUGAGAUGACUGUCUGCGUACUCUUAGAGGGUGCUAUUGAUACAUCGUAUACCAAUGCCGAUAACAGCGUAGUCGUCGCAACAGAUUCGAUCAAGAACACCAUAUAUAUCAAGGCAAAGGAGAACCCAGUCACUCCUCCCGAGCUUUUCGCUAGCAUUCUCGGGACCCAUUUCAUCGAGAAGUAUGCCCACAUCACAACUGCCAAUGUCAGCGUUGUCACACACCGGUGGACACGAAUGACGAUCGACGGCAAGCCACACCCUCACUCCUUCUACCGCGACGGAAACGAGACACGAAACGUCGAGGCAGUUAUUAAGAAGGGCAAAGGAAUAGACAUUCGCAGUAGUAUUGUUGGUCUGCUUGUGCUGAAGAGCACUGGCUCCGCAUUCCACGGCUUCGUGCGCGACGAAUACACCACACUUCCAGAAGUUUGGGACAGGAUCCUAUCGACGGAUGUCGACGCGACAUGGGCAUGGAAGACAUUCCCUGGGAUAAGCGCAGUGACUGCUGCGACCCCUAAGUUCGACCAGGCGUGGUCGGAUGCUAGGUCUAUCACUAUGAAGACUUUCGCCGAGGAGAACAGCCCGUCGGUUCAGAACACCAUGUACAAGAUGUGCGAAAGCAUUCUAGCGGCUGUUCCAGAAGUCGGGACAGUCGAGUAUAAGCUCCCGAAUAAGCAUUACUUUGAAAUUGACUUGGCAUGGCAUAAGGGUACUAAGAAUACUGGGAAGGAUGCUGAGGUUUACGCGCCACAAUCUGGACCUAAUGGACUCAUUCAAGUAGUUGUUGCGCGUGAUUCAAAGCCUUCUAAGCUAUAGAUUGAAUCUAGAUUGAAUCUAGAUGUAUAUGUUGGUCCGCAGACCUAUACAGUGGAGAUGUAGGGGGCAAUCAGGGGGACAGGCAAUCCUAGUUAGGAGACGGACCCCUCUCGGAGGCGAAUCCGGGGCUAUUCGGGAAGUGGUAUAUAUUCUGACCCUUAGAUAGUCUUUGGAAUACAAAAUUUUAACCACCUUUG